AUAGCUUGCACAGUUGUCGUGAGCCCAAGCAUUUCACAUAAGGUUAUUGCUGGUUGAAGCCGCACAAAGCCGCAGCGCACGUAAAACUGUUCUGAAGUCGCCAAAUACUCGAUGUCGCACUCGCAGCCCUGACGAUAGUUCUGGUUGUCAUACAGCAUGCCACCUAGACGGGCUCGAGUCCCUGCGACGCUUGAGAGCCGCAUCAAGCAAGGACUGCAAUAUUUUCUUAACCUGCGCGAGAACGCUGCAGCAGAUGAAGCCCGUGCCGAGGACUUGGACGACGCAAUACGAGUAGCGAGCCUGGAGCUGGUCAGCAGCGCCGGAAUUCUUAGCGACAUCGUGGCUGCACACGGAUGGGCAGCACGCACGCUCGCCGUUGACGUUAUGAGCCGCCCGGCAUGCAUUCUGUUUGAAUCGGCGGCAAACAAGCUGGAAGAGCUGCUCAGUAGCCAGUCGGGUGACCCAGGCUGCGAUCGGCGGGACGGGCUGGUCCGAGCCCUGCUAAGAGCGGACACGCUGGCCGUGUACGCGAGGCUGUGCGCGCGGACGAACGCGCCGACCCGCCGCAACUUUGGAGCGAACCGCAUGAAGCGGGACGUCAUCUAUCGUCUGCUGCACAACCUCUCCACGAUCGCCCGAGGUGUAAACAACAGCCGGGACAACAGCCUGAGGCAGGAGCUGAUCUCGGCGCUGGCGCACACGCAGCUGCUCGAGCACGCCGCCCGGGCGCUGCUGCACGCCGCCCAGUCCAUUCAGCCCGCACCCAGCGCAGCCGCAGUAGUAGCAGCAGCUUCGGGGAGAGGGCCGCCAACUGAAAGCUGGGAAAACGUGUCGGCCGCAGCAAGCGCAUUCUCCCACACGCUCAUGUUCCUGCCGGGGAGCCUGGAGAUGUUUUCUGUGUGCCCACAGCCCCGGGAAAAGGACAUUUGCCGCGAUGCUGUAAGCGAUGUGGAGGCGCUCUUGCUGCUGGAGCAGGUGCGGCCGCUGCUGGCGGGUCGCUGCGUGCAGCUCGUGGUGGGAUGGGCGGGCCUGUGCGGAGCCAUGACCCUACAGCAGCAGGAGGGGGCCGCGGAUGGCGGCGAUCAGCAGGGCUUGGUACCAACUGCGUCGCAGCUGCGGCACGGGCUGCCGUCGGAGCUGAUACGGCCACUGCAGCUGCUGCCACAGGUCACUUUGUCAAGCCCGGAUCUGUCAGUCAUGGCAUGUGUCAUCGUCCUGCAGGUGACGGUCAGCGGCCCCUGCGACCUGGCCAUCGCCCAGCCGCCCGUGGGCUACGACCGCCUGCCGCACAGGCAGCCGCAACCGCAGCGACCAUUGGCGGGGCCAUCAGCGGCGGGGUCAGCAACAGCGGAGGGGCCAGCUGCAGCACCAGCACCAGCUUCGUACAGUGCCGCACACGCGUACCGCCUGCUUAUGGAGUUGUGGUGUGGCCUAGCCUGUGACAGCGACAGGGGCAUGCGCAACAAGUUAUUGGUCGCUCCAGUAAUGGCCCGGCUGCUGACGGAGCUGCGGCCGCGGCAGGCGGCGGUGCUGCUACCGGGCUGGUGGCGGCUGCUGGCGCAGGACCCGCCCAUGCUCACUCUGGGGUACAGGCUUGCGCAGGACGCAGGGGAGCUGCUGCGGCUGCAGUUGAGUGCGCCGCCGCCGGCCGCGUGGGCUGCUGGGGUGACGGAUGCAGCUUCCGUGGCUGCGGCAAGUGUGGACUGGCCGCUGGAAACCGCGGAGGUGCAGGGCGCGGAAGCGGCGACAGCAGCGAACGCAGCAGCCAGCCUGGCGCGUGGACGGGACCCCAGCUUCAGCCUCCGCUGCGCGCUAGACGCGGGACUGUUGCCAGCGGUGGAGCGGUGCCUUCGCGCGCCACAGGCCUGGCAGCAGGCCGACAGCGCAAGCAAGCUGCUGUACGUCGUGAACUGCGUGCUGCGCUACUCGGGCGUGUGGCCUGCGGUGCUGGCUCGCGGUCCCUUGCAGCAGGCGGUGUCGCUGAUUGCCACGCUGGGCGCAGCAGCUCGGCUGCUGCAGGAGAAGGACACGUCACUGGACGUGAUAACGUGUGCCUCCCAGCCUGGCAUGCAAAUGACAGUGGAGUGCGGCGCCUGGGGCUACCUGUGUGCCUACCUGUCCGUAAUGCUGGAGCAGGUCGCGGACUUGCGGGCGCUGCGCGAGAGUUCACAGCAGCAGCGGGAGGGGCAGCAGUCAUCAGCUAUCAAUGCUACGGCCACAGCCGCAGUUCCCACCCCUCUGCACCUCAACUCGGUGCUGGAGCAGUUAGUGGAUCCGAAGGACGGAAGUGUCAAGCCCUCCACGUGCUCCAUCGCCUGGAUGGCGGCGGCGGGCGGCCUGCCAGCUGCCGGCUCCAUGGCGGACCGGCAGCAGCAGCUGCUCACGAGCUUCGCGGUGUACCAGUGGCUGCCCAUGCUGGCAGAAGAAACGACGGAGGUGCUGUUGCGCGGUGCGGCGGAUGCCGGGCGGAGGCUGUCGCAGGCGCUCCUGGUGGGGCACUUGGUGAUGGAUGUGCUCUGGCGCGAGGAGCGCCCGCCAGCUGAAGCCGACGAGGGCGCUGGCUCACGCAACCGACGACAGGACGUGGCGUGGUGGGAGGGAGUGACGCAGACUGGCCGGCUGCAGGACAGCAUGCACCAAAUCACGUACGUGCUGGCAGCAUGCCCAGUAGAGCCGCUACGUGAGCACUGCGAACAGUGGCAGCAGGCAGCCGUGUUGGACCUGCUGCAAUCCUAUUGGACACGCUUCGCGGAGUUGGCGCGUGUCGCGACACGUGCGCGAGCGGUACGGGUGGCCAAACAACACCAGCAGCGGCAGCGGACGGAUGGAGGACUGCAAGCUGGGCAGGCGGAUGGCGGGGCGGGCAGCAGUACGAGCAGCCUUGACGACAGCACAGCCCAGCAGCAGCAGGCGCCACCGCCCGAGCUGGUGCUGCAGUGCUUGACGCCGCUGCCGGUGCAGCAGCUGGCAGCGGCGCACGGGCGGCAGGACAUGGUGGAUUACCUGGAUGCAGUCACUGAGGUUGUAAGAGAGGAGUUGUUAAUCGAGUGUGGAGGCGCCGGCGCCGGGGGAAGCGGCAUGCGGGUGCAAGGGCUUGGCAGCAGGGAGGGUGGCGCGUCGCACGCUAGCGCCACGGCGAAUAGGUUGAGGGCCAAGUGGGUUGGCGCCGUGCGGCCGCGGUACCCGUGGCUGCUGUCUCAAGGCGAGGUACAGGCGGGGCUGCAUGACCUGAUGGUUGCAGAGGCGGCGGCUGCAGCAGCAGCUACUGCGAGGGGGGAGCCGGCAGCAGCCUGCGGCGGCGGGGACGGCAGUGGUGGUCGCAGUGGCAGCAGCAGCAGCAAUACCACUAGCGGUGGUGGGCAGGGUAGCAGGAGCGGUGGGCCGGUAUUUGAGCACAAGCUGUGCUGCAACCCGCGCUGCUGCUCGCUGGACGGCCCCAGCGCGUUGAUUGCGCCCCGCAGUGGCAAGACAUGUGUGCGGUGCCGUGCUGCCACGUACUGCUGCGGCGCUUGCCAGCUGGCGGACUGGCGUGAGCGGCACUCUGGCACCUGCAACGGAGCUGCCGCGGCGGCGGCAGGGGAGGCAGGGACAGCGAAGGCAGGGCUGAAGAAGGCGUGAACUGCACCAGCAGCGUAACUUUAACGCGUGACAUGGGUGUAGGUAGGCAGGCUAUGUGGUGGCCGUAGGUAGGGCAGGGAAUGUGGCAGGGAGACAUGUGACACAGAUAGUGAGAUAGCGGAGCUGCGGGUCACAUCAUGAAGGCCGGGAGGUACCCAGACUCCAAAGUUUGCGCGCGUCAGAUAACGAGUACAGGUGACGCAGAUACGGUAUCAAAUACUGGGACUGGUGGCAUGUGGCAUAUGUUUGUGGGCGUUGUGACAACAAUUGGGGACAGCCAUAACAGUAUGUGAGGGUGGCCCGAUCCGAACCCGACAUUGCCCCGCCUGAGCACGCCCCCGUGCUGUAACCUGUACAACCUGUAUAUAUGGUGGUCAUGGUGCCAUGGGCACUUGGAUUGCGGGAGAUGCAGCCCUCCAAUGCAUACCGUAUGGUGUGAGGUGUACUACGGAGGCUGCAGCACGGCAGGCUGCGGCGCGCUGAAGUGUUAGCUUUGAUGGUUGUUGGGCUGGUUGAAGGGCUACCCCUUCGGCCACACCGGCUGGGUGUGUGGUCGGGCAUGAACGGGCGAUAGACGGUGCGCAGCAUCUUGCUUGCACCGAUACCAGUGCGACGACGUGGUUUCAGGAUAUCAGGUCAUUACAGCAGGGAUGCAUUCGGUACUUACCGUAUCAUAGUGACGUGAGCAGCGGGACCGGAUUCGUGCUGACUUAGGCCACGACCUCCGGAAGCUGUAUCGAUUGUCGUGGAAACGUUGUCGGAAGUCCUUGUGUCGUGCCGUUGCUCGGGGUACAAAGACGGUUUGAAUGAG